CACUCUGCCGUUUUUAGGCACGGCGUUUCGUUGACCUUGAGUUUCACUAUGAACUACUGUAGUAAAAAAUGACAAAGAUAACCGAACUUCCCACUCUUUCUAAAAGGUUCAAAACGCAUGUGAUUUGUCAGAUUAACCCAUUCAAAUUUUUGAAUUCAUCGGACUGCUUAUAUUCAACUCCUAUUCUCUUUGAAUAUUGAAUACCAAGCAAAAUUCAUCAAAGUAUUCAAAAUACCUGUUUUUUUAAAAACAUUAAAUAUAUUUCUUUGAAUUAAAACAACAAAGGAACUAAAUAAAUAUUUUAUUAUUUAUAAUAUAUUUGGAAUUAGUAAAUAUGGAAGCCGGUCAAGGUAAAAAAAAGUACGAAGUGUUCUGUUAAAAAUUGUAAUAGUGCAAGAUAUCAAGGGAUUUCUACGAAUUCCAUAAGAUUCUUCAGAUUUCCUAAUCCAGUUUAUAAGGACCGAGUGAUGCAAUGGAAAUUGGCUUGUAGUGAUGAUAUAAUAAUGAACAAAGAUGCAAUGCUGUUAUUUAUUUAUUUAUUUAUAUACGGACAAGCCAAAUAACAGAAUAUGCAGUAUCCACUUUGAUGCCAACCUAAUGACAAAUCACCGUUUAUCGAAAAAUGCAAUUCCAACAUUGAAUCUGUUCCGAAAACCAAGAGGAAUAGAUGUUCAAACCCAAACAGAAGAUAAAAUGGGAACCGAAGGAAAACGAGUUGUACAUAUAGAAACUCAAACAACCAAAGAAUUAUCUCACCAAACACCAAGAAAAAGAAAGUUGAGGCAUCUAAUUGAGUCAAAGGAAAAUGAAAUUAAAAGAAUGAAAUUAAAGACAUUCAACCUCGAACAGUCUAUUCAGGAAAUAGAUCCCUGUAAGACACAACUAUCUAAAGACAAAUUCAAAAAGGCUUGUGAUAUUCAUCUGCCAAAUAGUUUUGGAAAUAUAGCCAAAAUAAUCAGUGAUCUCAAUGAUAAAAAUCUAAAAGGAAGAAGAUAUACCAAGGAAUUUAAACAGCAUGCCCUUUCAUUAUAUUAUUCCGGGCCUAAAAUUUAUGAAAGAAUGGUUGCCAUAUAUAAUUUUCCAUCAGUAUCUACAUUGAGAAGAAUGACAGAGAAUAUUCAGAAAGGGAAUGGUUUAAAUGAUUUCAUAUUCAGAAGUCUCAAAUGGCGACUAGAAGGUAAAAGCAAAGAAGACAGGAUGUGUGCUUUGUCAAUGGAUGAAGUAUCGAUCAAAGCAAAUUUGCAAUAUGAUACAAAAAAUGAUAAAAUUGUGGGUUUCCACGAUAUUGGCAAAGAGAAAAAAUAUAUCCCAGCAAAAAUGCCUUAGUAUUGAUGGCAAGAGGAAUAAACGAUAAUUGGAAGCAGCCAUUAGGAUAUUAUUUUUUAAAUACAUCCUGUAGUCCAACAGACCUGAGUGGAAUUAUUGGAGAUUGCAUAGACAAAAUGGUUGAAAUAGGACUUGAUGCAAGAGUCCUAGUGUCUGAUUUGGGCUCUAACUUUGUUGCAUUUUCAAAAAAUUUAGGUGUAACUGAUAAAUGUACUAAAUUUGAUAUGAAUGAAUUGUAUCAAAUAAAAAAAAGCAAAUAAGCAGGAUUCAUUCAUUAUAGUGUUGUAUUUCUUAGCAUAUUUAAUGAUUUUUUUUUGACAAAUAUUUCUUUCGAAAACAUACAUAACACAUUCAGGCUCAUCGAAUUUUUCAAUCAAUAUCUAAAUGCACAGAAGAUCAACAACUAGAUACUAAACAAAACAACAUAUAU